UGUAAACAUAAAAAAAACACAUAAAAAAUCAAGAUAUUCUUUUAACUUCAAAAAUCAGAAAAUGUUUAAAAAAAUUAUUUUAUCAUGGAUGGCGUAGAUGUAUAUAGAAAUGAUGCAAUAGAUGGUCCUUCUGAUGUUAUACAUCACGGUGUGUUAGACCAUGAAAAGGGAUUAUUGAUAGCAGCUAGCAAGAGACACGAAAGCGCCAAUGUUGAUGAAUUUCUUCUACUCGUUGGCGAAUACGGUAGAGGACAAAAAUGUCUCACUUUUUUCUUGUGUUUGUUUAUGUUUGGAGCUACAUAUAACAUUCUUUCAACUGUAUUUGUAACUUUAAAUUCUUCUUGGAGGUGCUCUGCGUAUGGUUUCACGCAGGGAGCAUGUAUAUAUAAUGGAACUAUAGAUGAAAACAACAAACUAUAUGAGAAAAGAUGCGAAAUAAACCGGACAGCAUGGGAGUUUGAAAGAGAGGCUAGCUAUUCUAUUGUGACAGAGUUCGACUUAGUAUGCGAUAGAAAGGUAUUUGCAGAAGUUGCCAAGUCAGCAUCUUUUCUUGGCGGUGCCAUUGGUACGAUCAUAUUAGGCAUACUAUCAGACAGGUAUGGUCGAAAGCCUAUUUUAUUCGCCUCUUACUUCAUCGUCGUUAGUGGCAGCUUGAUACAAAGUUUCGCAACAACAAUCCACAUAUUCAUUAUAAUUCGAUCUGUUGUUGGUUUAUGCCUCUUUGGUGUGCUCCCUGUCAUUUAUAUCAUUCUGGUGGAAUUAGUAGGACCGAAAAAACGUGCGCUGGUAACACAUAUGAUUUGGAUAGCAUUUGCAUUGUCAGCUUGUUUGCUAUCAGUGCAAGCGUACUAUGUUCAAAAAUGGAGAACGCUGAUCAGAAUUAUAACAGCUCCGUAUUUAGUGCCGAUUUUAUUUUGGAGGUUAAUUCCUGAGUCAAUACGAUGGCUUCGUGUAAACCAACGCACGGAAGAAGCAGAAAAAAUAUUAAAAAAUAUAGCAAGAUUUAAUAAAAUAGAAUUUCCUGAUGCAAAGCUACAAGAAAUUGCUGCAUGUGAGAAAAAGGUGUCGAUGAAAGUUAUAUUUCAAAAAAAGAAAAGGAUUUUUCUCAUCCUAAGUCACGGUGUUCUGUGGUGCAUCUACGCCAUUAUUUAUUAUGGUAUCAGUUCAGCUACAACGUAUUUCAGUAACAAUGUCUAUACUGAUUUUUUUGUGGUCAGUGCUGUCAAUUUUCCUGCUGUAGGAUUCUCGGUAUAUGGCUGCAAUAGAUUUGGACGUCGAAAAACAACAAUGGCGGCAACAUUUUCAACCCUUAUAUUGUUAGUGGUUAUCGCUGUCAUCCCUGUGACUACAGAGAAUGGCUAUAAUGAGUAUUCUGCUAUUCGAUCCUCACUUGGAGUUUUGGCAAAAUUUUUCAUUUCCAUUUCGUAUAGUUCCAUAUAUCUUUUAUCUGGUGAGACCUACGCAACAGUUAUCAGAUCGCGUGUGAUAUGCAUGUUGGAAUUUUUAAUGUUGAUUGGUGGAGCAACUGCACCCUGGUUAAGUACUGGUUUGCAUCAAAUACACGCUAGGCUACCUUUCCCUAUUAUGGCUACUCUAUGCGCACUAGCUGGUUGGAUUACUACGAUGUUGAAAGAGACAAAAGAUACUCCCACGCCUGAGCUACUAGAUGAUCGUAAAGCAUCCACUAGAAUAAAAUCAUUGGUAGAUAACGUUCGAGAUAGCCAUUCAAUAAGCAGCAGUCGUACAGGUUCUGAAAACAGAUUGAGUUUGAUAUACGAUGCAAAACAAACAACAGUUCUCUAAAGAAAUGAAACAAAAGAGGUAUACAGAGAGAGAUGCAAACAUAUUUGUAUUCGGCAAAAUAUUCACGCUUCUAAGGCAAUGUUUUUAUCUGCAAUAAAUUAUAAAUUGUAACUAA